UUUAACCCACUCACGUCGCAGGGAUAUUAUUAGCCAUGCUACGACAACGAGAACAUGGGGGCCAACAUGAACCAUGAUUUGCGGAUUGGAUGCGGUCAGCUUACAGAUCGUAGCCCGUAAUACCAUUUUGAAACCACUUAGCGAAAAGGAUCGUCGUUAUAAAGGCUCCAAGCUGCGCCCCCCAUUAAAUCCUGCCUGACUGAUCCGCUCCUUUUCCCUGUCUCUUGGUUCUUCUUUUUCAUUCAUUGUUUCGGUAGCGGUUUUUAAUUGUCUUGAGUUACGCAAUGAGUCAACAACAGCAUCUUCCGGACAGUGAAGGCCUUCAGGUCAAUACGGACGCUGAACAAGCUGCUAAAGCUCCAGAAGUAGCUCCCGGUUACGAUAACGGCAAUUAUUAUAUCCCUCCCGGGUAUCAUCACCCUCAGCAGGCAUCGUCAGAUGGAGUGAGGAUUCCUUUUGGGCUUGGAGUUUGGACUUUCGCUGCGCUUGUCGCUCUAUGUACGGCUAUCGUUGUCGGCGCAGGUGUAGGGGGAGGAUUGGGCGCUGCUUUGGCAAAUAAAUCUAGUGAUUGCUCAACCGACUCGGCAUCUGGUACCGCUCCCGCCGCGACAGCAGAACCAACCGCAACCUCAUGCCCGACACCCGACAACAGCACAUCAGUCAACGACACAGCUCCCUAUGUACCAAGAGCUGCUGACACAGUUAGCCUUCUGGAGCUAAAAUGCCCCGACUCAAAGAAAGACGAGACACGGUACAAGACCAACAAAGGCUACGAGUUCCAAUGGUGGUGUGGCGUCAACGCAGCACAAGGCACUCCAGCUGAGGGAGGAGGUAUUGUUGCCGAUUACGCGCCUAUUUAUGCGUAUACGAUUGAAGACUGUAUGGAAGCUUGCGGCAAUAUGAUCGACAAGGACGCCGAAACCGGCAACGGAGUGAAAUGCGCCAGCAUCGUCUUUUCGAAGCGCAUGAAGGACGAGCUGGACGGCUUAAACGCGAACUGUUGGCUGAAAAAUAAUACCAAGUCAAAGGGCAGUCAAUGGGGUUUUAAGGACGAUUGGUACGCAUACGCGGAGCUAGACAACUAGACAAGUCACAGUGGGGCGUUGGAGGAUGGCAAGAAUAACGAAUGAUUCGAUUGAUACACCUUGAAGUAGUUUAAUUGUAGAAAUGAUACCAAUUCUGCCUCUGUGGAGGUUGAAGCUAUUCCCAACUCACGACCCAACACCCGUACCCGCGGUAACCACGAAAACAGACGAGAAUUAAGGGGAAAUGAGUCCCAG